AUGUGGGGCAAAGGCAGGCAGCUCGGGCUUGCUCAGACGGAAAUCCCAGUUGGGAUGAAGAUCCUGUUUCUGCACGUCUCUGCGGGCGAGGGUUUGCAUUUUAAGGAAAUCCGAGGUGGGACUUUCCACAGUCAACAAGCAGGGAGCUUGGGGGGCUGUUGUGAAGCCGAGGGAACUGGGAGUACAGGUACACGGCUCCCCGAAGGCGACUUCACGGGGAGACGGGACGGGAGGCGGCGAAGACGAAGGCGCUUGGCACGCUGUCCUUCGUCAGUCAGGGCUCUGAGCGCUGGGGGGUCGGGAGGUCGCGUUGCGGCGGUACGAGACGUCGGUCAGGCCGAGCUUGGAGUCCCGCCUGUCGGUUCAGGCCCGCCCCUGCCCACGGGAAAGGUGCCACUGAGCUGGAAGGGGCGCAGAGCAGAGGGAGAUUGCAUGCCCGUCCAGGGUUGCCCCAGCGACCAUCCUGCAACUUUGAAGCCUGCGUGCCUGGCCAGGGCUGUUUUGGCAACAGGCCUGCAGCCCGAGUCUUGGUCGUCCGGCCGGCGUUGGCCUGGCAACAGGCCUACAGCCCAAGUCCUGGUUGUCUGGCUGGCGUUUGCCUGGCAACGGGCUUACAGCCCAAGUCCUGGUUGUCCGGCCGGUGUUGGCCUGGCAACGGGCCUACAGCCUGAGGCCUGGUUGUCCUGGCAACGGGCCUACACCCUGAGGCCUACUUGUCCGGCUGGUGUUGCACCGGAGGGUUUUCCUGGGCCUAACCCAUUCAGGCACUCUCUCCCACGUGAUCGAUGCGCCCCGCCUCCGACCAAUCGGAACCAGGUGUCCCGCCUCCGUCCCUGCCUCCUCCUAUCCGGAGCGCCGGCGGGCUCUAGCUCAGCCCACUUCACCGCCGGCGCGGGAGACUCUCUCGCGCGCUCGCUUCCAUGUUUGGAUUGGUCCGCUUUUCUCCGGCGCCCUCUGAUUGGCCCAACCCGUCUUUUCUCGCGCCGGGAUCUCGGCUUCCUCCCGGUGCUGCGCCGCCGGCGACAACGGGAACUCGGAGGACGUGAAGAACGGAGAGCCAGUAGAAUGCGGCGGGCAGCAAAGUUGCGAGUGGAGAACCGGAGGGCGAGGGGCGUGGCGAAGAAGGCAGCCGGAACCAGAUGUGGGAAGGGAGAACCUGCGACCGGAGAGCCAGCAACCACCCAGCAAAAUCCCAAGCAGAAGACGGUGAAGGUCCCCCCUGCACGGUUGACAAGGUGGAAGACUCUGCCCCAGGCCACCAGGGACUUCAUUGCUAACGUCAUUGAAAGAGCCCGUCUAAGCUCAUUGCCCCGAAGAGAUUCGGACCAGGAAGCCAGUUUGCAGCUCUUGAGACAGCUGGAGAAGAGGUUGCUGGAUCGGUGCUCUUCCCUCCUCGUGCCCCCGGGGAAGCUGAAGGACUUGAAGAACUGCCGGAAGUUGCUGGUGCUGGAAGAGGGACAGUUGAAGGAAGGUGAAGCUGCCCUGCAAAAUCUGCAGGAGGAGCUGGACCGCACCCUCGACAGGCUGGAGAAGACCCGGGAUGAGGCUGAGGUGCUGCAGGAGGAGAUCGGUCAGCUGAAGGGCUUCCUGGAGGAGGCGGAGGACCAGGGAAUGCAGGACGUAGCCUCUGGAGUCCUGAACCUUCCGCCACUCCCCCCGGAGAGUUUCCAGCAGCAAACGCUUCAGGAUCAGCUGAUGUCUAUCGAGAACGUGCGUGAGAUCUUCGCUGAGCUCUACACCCUCCAGCGUUCCAGCCACGUUCAGAUCCUCUCGGGCUUCCUGGAGCGAGCCCACGCCGCGGCCGAGCUCCUCUCUCACCCCAGCUGCUGAUGGCAGGCCUCCUCCACUGCGUCCUGCUGCCCCCGCCCACACCACUUCUCACACAUUCCCCACGCUGGUGCUGUAGGAUUUCAGAGCAACUGCAAUAAAGUGACUCCGUUUGAA